AUGUCAGCGAUAUUUGAAUGGGCAUUUGGGAAGAAAUUGACGCCGCAGGAACGGCUCCGUAAGAACCAAAGAGCCUUGGAGAAAACUCAAAGAGAAUUGGCCAGAGAAACAACAAAACUUCAAGCCCAAGAGAAGAAACUUAUUAGUGAAAUCAAGAAAUCCGCUAAACUGGGGCAAAUAGCUAGUGCCAAAAUCCAGGCUAAGGAUUUAAUCCGAACCAAGUCAUAUAUCAAUAAGUUCAACUCAAUGAAGGCCCAACUUCAGGCCAUUCUGUUAAGAAUUCAAUCGGUUAGAAGUAAUCAACAAAUGGCCAUGUCCAUGAGAGACGCCACUCGUUUACUCUCAGGGAUGAACAAGUCAAUGAACUUGCCACAACUUUCCCGUAUAGCCCAGGAGUUUGCCAAGGAAAACGACAUGAUGGACCAGAAGCAAGAAUUUAUGGAUGAUGCCAUUGAUGAUGCCAUGGCCGAUGAUGAGGAUGGAUUGGGAGAAGAUGAACAAAUUGAUGACAUAUUGAACCGUGUGUUGGAUGAGAUUGGAGUGGAUUUGAACGCCACUCUCAAGGAUACCCCGAGUCUGAUUGCUGCUGGUGAAAGCACCGAAAGAGCAAGGGUGGCGGAGGCCGAAGGUGGGCUCAGUUCUGGCGGUGCUGGAGCUGGUGAUGAAGAUGACUUACAGGCAAGAUUAGAUAGUUUGAAGAAAUAA